AGAGAGAGAGAGAGAGAGAGAGAGAGAGGGGCCGUUGGCAGCCGAGGAUAAUUGGAAUAAACGUAUCAAAGGUGCGCGUAUAGCGUCGUUGUCGUCGUCGUCGCCGUCGACGUCGACGUCGACGUCGACGUCGUCGACGCCGUUGUCGCUGCCGCGCGCGCACGCGGGUCGUUGCACUUCCGACCGCGUGCUCUAUGUACGUGUUCUACGACCUUUGUACCUCGUCUAUUUCUCAAAGCACUCGGCGCGUAAGUAUCAUGUUUGAUUACAACGAGGACUAUGGUGAACGCAGGACGCGAAGCGAGCGUUGUUUUUUGCGAGCCGGGAAGACGAAAAGUGCAAAGUGAAGGAGCCCGGUAGACCGGCACAGGGGCAAUUCGUCGCGGGUGCACCGAGAAUGAUCUUCACCGGCAGAUCGGUGGACGCUCUCGACGAGGUGCGAGGCGCCAAUAGUGCGGGUAAUGUCCAAUCAGACGGCGGACGCCGAGACGUGAGCGCUGUUGCUAUCGCGACCGGGUGGUUCUCCAGUUUGCGGAGACCCGGCAAGAGGAAGAAGAGUUAUCAGAAGCAAGCUAAGAGCGCCUGGGACCUCAGCGUCUUGUCUACCACGCAAUUGAAAGAUGAAUUGGGCGAGGUUGUGGCAGAAAUGGAGGCGAUGGAAGGCGGCGGACUUACGACCGACGAGACUAAACCGUCCAACAAGGCCAAGCAGACGUCGAUCGGCCGCAAAAAAUUCAAUAUGGAUCCUAAGAAGGGCAUCGAGUACCUGAUAGAGCACAGUCUGUUGACGCCGACGCCGGAAGACGUUGCUCAGUUUCUCUACAAGGGCGAGGGCCUCAACAAAACUGCGAUCGGCGACUAUCUCGGUGAACGGCACGAUUUCAACGAACGUGUGCUGCGAGCCUUCGUCGAGUUGCACGACUUCACCGAUCUCAUAUUGGUACAAGCUCUACGUCAGUUUCUCUGGUCGUUCCGACUGCCCGGCGAAGCGCAAAAGAUCGAUCGCAUGAUGGAGUGCUUCGCUCAAAGGUACUGCCAGCUAAACCCGAAUAUCUUCACCAAUACGGAUACUUGCUACGUACUGAGCUUCGCCAUCAUCAUGUUGAACACUUCGUUGCAUAAUCCAAGCGUUAAGGAUAAGCCCAGCGUAGAUCAAUUUAUUUCGAUGAAUCGAGGAAUUAACAACGGUGGAGAUUUGCCGCGGGAACUUCUUGUGAGUUUAUACGAGAGUAUAAAAACCGAGCCUUUCAAAAUACCAGAAGACGAUGGCAACGACUUGAUGCACACCUUCUUCAAUCCUGAUAAAGAAGGCUGGCUAUGGAAACAAGCAGGCGGACGUUACAAGAGUUGGAAGAGACGAUGGUUCAUAUUGAACGAUAAUUGUUUAUACUAUUUCGAGUAUACAACGGACAAGGAACCACGCGGUAUCAUUCCGUUAGAGAAUAUUCAGGUUCGAGAGAUUCAAGAUCGGCAUAAACCUCACUGUUUCGAAUUGUAUGCUGCUGGUUCCGAGUUUAUAAAGGCAUGCAAAACUGAUAGUGAAGGGAAAGUCGUCGAAGGAAAACAUACGGUAUAUCGAAUGUCCGCAGCUACUGACGAAGAAAAGGAUGAAUGGAUCAAAUGCGUGCGGCAAAGUAUAUCACACAAUCCUUUCUAUGAUAUGCUGGCAGCACGAAAGAAGAAGGCACAAAAAACAAAUGUACACUCAAAGAGUUAAGCGCUGCCACAAGCCGAGUUUCUCUCGAAACUCGGCACAUCAGAAGACUGUUUAUUCGCGAUCCUUACACGUACGGUAUCGUCGAAUACAAACAAAUUACAUGAUGGCGAGAAUCCAUCGAAAAAGAAAAAAAAACGCCCGAAAGCGUUAUAGACUAUAAUAGUACUAUAAUAGUUAUCAGGCGUGUGAUAACGUGACACGAAAUAUCGUUGUAAUAAACGUUGCAGUAAACGCUGCAACCGCGUACAUAGAAUACGGCAUUAAUGUGACGUCAUAAUCGAGUACGAAAUACAGAAUCGGCGCAGCAUAAGAUGGAUAUGGAUCUAGACAAACAUUAUAUUAAUGACAAGUACGAUAACGCGCCGUUAUACAACACCUGAUGCCCGAUUGGCAUUAUAUCGAUGUACAAAAGGGUCUUGCGCUAAAGAGAACUAGCUAUAUUUCUAUUAAUUUAAUGAAUAAAUUGCAUCUAUAUUCUUUUUGCAAAAGAGAAUGAUACAUAUGAUUUUGUAUAUAUUGGAAAUCAAAGUCUUUACGAUAAAUAAUAACUGUAUUAGUAUUGACACCAAAAUAAUACGUGAGCAAAGAAAUAUCGGUUUAUUUAACGUUUUAUAUUUUACUAAAAAAGUCAAUAAUCUCAAGAAAUGUCCUGAUAGAAGCGCAAAAUAGACGCUUUAUAAUGCCCUUAGCGUCAUUUUGGCAAUAUAUAUUAUAUGAGAAUAAUUAUAGGAAGCUGUAACGGAGAAAACGGGACAUUUUUUUAUCUCUUUCCGGCAGCUUUGAGACACUGUUGAAGCUCUAUCUGAUUUCAGAAAGGUAAUAUUUGAGAUAUUUUGUAUGAAAUACAAUAGUAAUAUUAUCCUGUAUCGUGCAAAUGAAAGACAAGUCGCGAUUUCCAAUUAUAUUAAAAAAGGCAUAAAGCCGAGAACUCGAUAACUUCAUGUGAUAAUUAUUCGUGUGUAUAUUUAUUUAAACAAAUAUGUACAAAAUAAAACUAAAGGAUACAUUUUCUGCAUGAAA